AUAUAAAAAAAUGUUGAUUAGGCGGUUGUUGAUACAGACGAUCGCACAGCAGCAAUCACAAGUAAACAGUGUGAGGUUAUAUGGGCGAUGGCUGCACAGGAACCCAGUCAAGGUAUUGCUGCCAUUUGAACCUACAACAAAACUGCAUCUUAAGAAAGAAAAUGUUAUAAACAUGAAUUCUAAAAUUUUAAACGAAACAGAAGAAAAGCACCCAACUGAAAUCGGAAACGACGAAAAUAAACAUUUUCAAGUAUCACUUCCGCCUGCAAAAUCCAAAGAAGUAAAAAGUAAAAAGAAAGAAAAAUUAAGAAAGAGAAAAUUUUAUCUCAGUCAACAAAAGAUUUUUGAUGAUAAUUGUGAGAUAAUAUAUGAAAAAUUUAAGGACAAUGAUGGAAGAAUAAGCACUUUACUUACAAACUUAAAAUCAAAGAAAGAAAGGCUACGUUCACGACAAGUGUUGGUUGAAGGUUGGAGGUUAAUAGUAGACGGUUUAGAAGCAAAGUGCAAACUGAACUAUGUCAUAUUCAGUCGAGUCGAGGAUUUGAAUAAAUUGAGGCCUUUCCUACCCAAAACAGGAAUAAAAUUUUUCAAAAUACCAUAUAAGGAAAUAGAACUUUGGUCAAAUGUGGAAACUUCACCUGGAGUUUUUGGUAUAUUUGAAAUGCCAACAUCAGAAAAUAUUAGAAGAUUGUCUAAACCAUUGCCAUUGGACCUAAUAUGUGACAACAUUCGGGUGCCUGGAAACUUGGGAGCAAUCCUCAGAAUUGCUGUUGGAGCUGGCUGUGAAAAGGUUCUCUUGACCAAAGGUUGUGUUGAUGUAUGGGAACCAAAAGUUGUGAGAAGUGCUGCUGGAGCCCAUUUUCGACUUCCGAUUCACAAUGGAAUUGAUUGGGAAGACAUGCCAAAAUUUUUAGAAGAACACACAAGUGUAUUUAUUGCCGACAGUGAUGUCAAAAUUACAGAAUAUGAAGGAGUUGAUGACAAGUUUGAUGCCUUGCGGAUACCCGUGUUGCCUUACUAUGGAGUGCAAUAUUCUACAUUGCAUCAUAUAACAUUGGUUAUUGGUGGUGAGACAGAAGGCAUCAGUGAAGAUAGCUAUAGAUUAGCGGCAAGCAGAAAUGGUCUGCGUUUGAACAUACCUCUUUCAAGAGGUAUAGACAGUCUUAACACUGGAAUGGCUGCGGCAGUCAUAGCAUUUGAAAUUCGAAAACAACUCAUACAAGCAUGGACUAAAAUCAAGCAGGACCGCAUAACAGCUGAAAACCAGGGAACUUAGGUUAUAUAAUUAUAUUAGACAAUAGUAUUUUCU